CUCGCUACCAAAGCUAUUAUUCACUGUCUAGUACUCCCUUUACAUUAUCUCUGUUUGUGUUUGUUCUUUAUGCCAUGGCCGCAAAUGUCAGAGUGCGGCGUCCAGCUACUCCACCACCCGGUCUUCCACAUGUGGCUCCUUCGUCUCAUAAAUAUCCGCCAAUACGACAAGACCACUUGAGCGCAGAUGAACGACGUGAAGCAGCUUCCAAGGGGUAUGGACCUGGGCGAAGAAGUCAUUCACCAGGUGGUCUCACCAUCACAUCUGGGGAAUGGAAACUGCUGGCAGUUGUCCUUCUGAUUGCAAUUGGCGUUAGGAUGUUCCGAAUAUCGAAACCGGAUAGUGUGGUUUUCGACGAGGUGCACUUUGGUAAAUUUGCAGCGCGCUAUAUCAAAACGCGCUAUUUCGUCGAUGUGCACCCUCCACUUGCAAAGUUGUUGAUCACUGCGGCGGCCUUCAUAUCUGGUUUCAACGGGGAUUUUGACUUCAAGGAGAUUGGGAAGGUAUUUGAAAAUGCACCAUACGUGGCCAUGCGAAUGGUACCCGCUACGUUCGGAGUCGCAACUAUCCCAAUCGCAUAUCUCACUUUACGAGCUCUUGAUUGUCGCGCAACCACUGCACUACUAGCAUCAAUAUUUCUGACAUUCGAGAACGGAUUGGUCACACAAUCUCGCCAUAUCCUACUAGAUUCUCCCCUCGUAUUUUUCACGGCCCUCACCGUCUUCUUUUUUGUCGGGUUUUCGAAUGAAGACAAGAAAGAGCCAUUUACCAACCAGUGGUGGACAUGGCUUGCUUUGACUGGGUUGUCCCUGGGCGCUGUCGUAUCCUGCAAAUGGGUCGGUCUUUUCACAAUUGCAACCGUUGGUGUGUGCACGGUGUUGCAACUGUGGCUUCUCUUGGGCGAUCUUCGUGUCAGUCCAAGGAUGUGGACGAGGCAUUUCUUCGCGCGGGCUGUUUGUCUCAUCUUGAUACCCAUCCUUUUCUACAUGACCAUGUUCCAGCUGCAUUUCCUUAUUCUUGGAAGCUCAGGAGAGGGUGACGCGUUUAUGAGCUCAGAAUUUAGGCAGACACUGGGGCGGGGGAUGGAGGACACGUAUGCAGAUGUUGCCCUUGGUUCAGAUAUCACAAUCCGACAUCUGAACACACAAGGCGGUUAUCUGCACUCCCAUGCUCACAACUACCCUGGAGGAAGUGGACAGCAACAAAUCACACUCUACCCGCAUAGGGAUGAUAAUAAUCUCUGGCGAGUACUCAACGCAACAGUCGAUAAUUAUGAACAGUACGACUACGAACACAAACCUAUUGUGUAUAUUGACCACGGCUCCCACAUCAAGCUAAGGCAUCUCGUGACCGACAGGGGGCUUCAUUCGCACGAAGUCCGCCCGCCUAUCUCAGAUGUCGACUUCCAGAACGAGGUUUCAGCGUACGGCAUGCCUGGCUUUAUCGGCGACAUCAACGAUGACUGGGUUGUUGAGAUUGAAAAGGGCGACAGUAGUGAUAAGGAGUCGGGCAAGCGCUUGAGGACGUUAAGAACGCAUUUCAAGCUCAGGCACUUGAAUACAGGCUGCUACCUCUUCUCGCACAAUGUAAAACUCCCUGAAUGGGGCUUCGAUCAGCAGGAGGUCACAUGCAACAAGAACGCUGUCAAGGACAACUCGCUAUGGUACGUCGAGACUGCUACAAAGCAUCCACAAUUAUCGGCUGACGCUCCAAAGGUCAAUUACAAGAUUCCCGGAUUCUUGUCCAAAUUCUGGGAGCUGCAGCAGGUCAUGUGGACAACGAAUGCUGGAUUGACCGACCGUCACGUGUAUGACUCUAGACCUUUGACCUGGCCUAGUCUUCGCCGUGGUAUUAAUUUCUGGGUCAAGGAUCAUCGCCAGAUCUACCUAAUCGGUAAUCCAUUUGUUUGGUGGUUGAGCACAGCUUCAGUCAUCACAUACAUGAUCGUCAGAGGCUUCCUCCUACUUCGCGCGAAGAGAGGAUACCGUGAUUUUGACAACACCAAGGUUGUCAAGUAUGAUUCCCUCUGCGGUUUUCUCUUUGUCGGGUACUGCAUGCAUUACUUCCCCUUCUUCCUCAUGGGCCGUCAACUCUUCCUUCACCACUACUUUCCUGCACUGUACUUUGCAAUUUUGCUUAAUUGCGCUGUUUUCGACCUCGCCACAUCGACUCUACGACCAAAGAUUCGUUUACAGGUUGCUGCCGUCCUCAUGAUUAUAGCGGUCAUUACGUACUCAAAGUUUAGUUCCUUGGCGUAUGGCAAUCCCUGGACAAAACAGAAGUGCUCCAACGCACAGUGGGUGAAGACGUGGGACUUUGCCUGUAAUGAGUUUUUCGAAGAUUACUCUCAGUAUUCAGGUGUCACUGUUCCUACUUUGAACCGGUCCACACCGAUGGCAACCAUUGGCGGAGAGCCCGGCGGGCGCGCGGCUAUUGUGGUCGAGGACAAGCUCGGGCAAGAUGGGGUUGUGCCGCCUGAAAACGAGCAGAACACCGCCGUCCCUAUUGGUGUGCCGGAGCCCGGGCGGGAUGUAUUUGCGAAGGACGAACAGAAGGAAAUCAAGAGCCAGAUGAGGGUAUCACAAGAUGUGCCGGUUAACAAUGUGGAUAAGAAGGAGAUUAGCGCGGUGACAUUUGAACCGACCAGUGCAGCACCCGAAGAGAAAAAAGAGGAGGUCAAAUUGCAAGCGGGCGGCAUGAGUGCUACCGGUGAGUCAGAGGGUCAGGCGCGUCCUGAAGUCACCGGCAUCCUGGAAAAAGAAAUCGAGGUGGGGCUGGGUGAAGAUCAUCGGAAAUCUCACGGGCCUCUUGACCAUGAGGAGGCUAUCGCAGAUCAGGUGGCGCAUGAGUUGUAUCCUGAGGCCAGGGACGUUGAGUAAAUUAUUUAAUUUGUUGCUAUAGAUGUGUUCAGUACUUGGUGUUUCCUGAGUACUGAUCAUAUACGAACUGGUACUAGCACAUGGUAUUAUGCCUAUUCCCCAUUCAUUGAUGGUACUGGAUAUAUAUUACAACACGCUACCUCUGCAAGGGAGCCCUAUAUAAA